ACUUUUCAAGAAUUUCAUCAUCGUUUAUCUCGACGUCAAAUUCCAAAAAACUUUCCUUUAUUUCGUCAAUUGUUGCAGCCAUUAUGACGUCACUAUCACUAAGCUGUGGAAUACAAUUGGUGAAUUUUAGAAUAAUUUACAAAAACUAACAAACUUUCAAACAACAAAAUUAACGGAAAAUACAACAAAAAUAGCUUGUAAUGAAAACGCUCAGAUUUGUCACUAAAUAUAUCUUUCAUCACGUCAGAAGCAACAUAAUUAUAGAAUUUAAAUUGACAAAAAAUGCAUAACUUGAAUUAUUUCGUCACAAACAUAGCGCGAAAACUUUUCACGCAUGAAUAAACACAAAGUUCACCUUCGUUAAAACAGAUACGACCACGGUUGGAAUUUAAUUUCACACAAAUUUAAAUGGUUUUGGUUAAAAAAUAAAAGUUUGAAUAAAUUUACAAAAAUAUUUUUUUUAAAGAAUUUUAAUCAUUUAUGUUGUUUUGAAAAUUAAUUUAGACAUUAAAAUGAUGUUUCUAUGUUCGGGAAGUCCCUGGUGCUUUGAGGGCCAGAAUUCGGGGAAUUACCGAUAAUUCCAACUUCCUAUUAAAUAAAGCAGUUACUGUGACGUAACAAAAGAAUAUACUGUGCAUUGUUACAUCAUGGUUGACGUUAAAGUUGUUGAAGAACGCUAUAUCGCGAAAUUCGACCAUGGGUUCGAUUUCGGGGGAAAAGUCGACGACACUAUUGUUUGGAAAUCGCAAACUAGACCGGUUACUACGAACUUGAUACGGGAGUUGUCAGAUAAAGACUUGUAUGAGGGAAUGAGGCGCGGUGGGGUGGCCGUUGCGCUUUGCUACGCUGUGUUUCGCGCGCGUAAAGACGUUCAUACGUUCGGGUUCAAACUUGAGAAAGACGGGGUCUCGUUUUCGUUGAAGAUUGGCUCUGAUGACGUCACAAGGUUCAAGGAGGAGUGGGAGAAAUGGAGGGAGGAGGUGGAGAGGGAGAUGAGGAGGAUUCCUGGGAGGACGGGGGAAGAGUUUCAACAAUAUAGAUAUUUGUAUCUGGAAGCACUGGAAGUCGUAAAAACAACGAAACCUCGAAAAAAAAGGAAAAAAGAAAAAGAGAUCGCUACGUUUAGUGCUGAUGAAAUAUUCACGAGUCAUGAUGACACGGAUGUUAUCGCAAGCGGGGGUUUUGGAUUGGUUCGUGUGUGUAAGAGCGCCACCAUGGGGAUGGUUGCGGUGAAAUGCAUCAAGAUAACGGGGAAGGAACCGGAUAUUGAAGAGUUAAAGUUGAGGUUAAAGUUUGAAGCGAAGAUGCAAGCGUUCGCUGAUCACGUGAAUAUCGUCAAGUUCCAUGGAAUCACCAAGUGGCACAACUCAUUUGGUAUCGUCAUGGAGCUCAUGGAUCACGGGAGUUUGCAUCAUCUCAUUUACAAUCAUGACGUGAGGCCCUUAAAGUGGAGUUUACGUCUUCGCAUAAUGAGAGACAUCAGCGCUGGGUUGGAAUACAUCCAUGGUAUGAAGAUGACACAUGGAGAUAUCAAACCACUCAACAUUUUAAUGGGGGAUGGACUUGUUUGUAAGAUUGGUGACUUUGGUGCCGCAGUCAUGUGUUCGUGUUCCACUUCUGCUACAUUAUCGCACACCAAGGAAAUCAAAACAAAAAACCCGAAUAAGUCUCGACCCCAAUACACACAAGAGUAUCUUGCACCCGAGUAUUUUGCAACGCUCAUGAAGAGGCAGCGAUUCCCCCCGCAAGAUAUUUAUUCAUUUGCGAUCAUUAUUUACGAGCUUAUAACAAGAUCCCGUCCGUUUGAAGAUUCGCGGAACAAAAGUGAGUUUCGACGGAAAAUUAGGGACGACUUCCGUCCGGAUGUUGGAGCAAUACAAGAGAUCGUGGAAGAUGAUCUUCCUGCAUCCGAUGUGCUCCUCAUCACGAAGAUGCGGGAGAUCAUGAUGAAGUGUUGGGAUGGUGAUCCCGUGAAGAGGAUGGUGGCAUCGGAAGUCAGGAAGAUCUGCGAUGAACUGAUGUUGGAUCAAUAUCUUGAUGAUGAUUAUUUGGAUCUUCUGAGCAAGCAGUUGAUCCGGCCCCCCGCAUCCAUACCUAAAGCGAGGUUGAGUAGAUUCGCAUUCCCGUUUUAUAAAGCUACGGACCCUGAACCUCGUAAACAGCCCCCUAAAAGGCCCCACACACCCAAAACAAAACCUAACCCCAAACCCCCUGUAGACACCAUUUACACAACCCCUAACCCACAAACCCCUAAAGCUGAACCCCUUAAAGACCCCAAGCCUGAUAGGACUUACCCAAAAAACCCUGCAGACCCCGCCCCUAACCCCCGAACCCCUCCCAAAGACAGUGGGUUCGAAACUUCAGCGAAAACGAAAUCGGUUGAAAUUGAGAUUGGGGAGAAUUUGGAAGAUGUUUUGAAGUCGUUAACUAUUGAAGAGGAUGCGGAGGGUUAUUGGAGAAUGAAAGAUUACGAUCGUGCUCUCCCUGCUCUCAUGAAGUUGGAGGGUCAUUCAUCCUCCGAGUGUGUGCGGGGAGUCGUGAAGAUGAAAAUCUCGCAAACCUUGCAUCAACUACAACGAAGGGAGGAGGGUGAUCGGUAUCUUGCGGAUGGGAUUAACAUGGUGUCCUCUGCUCCGAGGGAUCGGGAGAAAGCCAACUUGAUCGGGGAGCAACUUACGGAGGUUGCGGGGAGGUACAGGGAUGCGGGAAGUAUGGCGCGUGCAUCGAUUAUUUAUGGUCAAGCUGCGAGGUUCUUUAUCGAGAUUCCUGAAGCUAUAAGCGCAAUGCAGGGGAUCCUUAAGUGCAUCAAGAAUAUAAGAAAAGGCAUCAAAGGCAACAAACAUUCAACAAAAUCUACGACGCAAUCGAAAACAUUAAUCGAUGACAUCAUGAGGUUAACGACGAGGUUGGACCGAGGAUAUGCGGAACCUUAUUCCCGUGUGUUGUACGAAGCGGGGUGUUUCUAUCAUAAUAUCAUGGAAUAUAAAGCGGCUGCGAAGUGUAAUCGGGAAGCUCGGGAUGCGAUGCGCGAUGCGUUUGGUGCGGAUGCGAGCCGAUACAGUAUAUAUGGUAUAUGCGUUCAUAACUUGGGGGGGAACGUUGAGAACAUGGGGGAUUUAGAGGAAGCUGAGCGUUGUUUUGUGGAAGCUAUCCGUUGCGAUGAGUUGGCGGAGGAUUGGGACACACCAGAAGAAAAAGUUGAAAGUAUUGACUUCACGAGGAAAUGUCUGGAAAAGUUGCGAAACAGAUUGCGUUUACGAAAUAAGCGUUGACGUUAAAACUACGGGACAAUUUUAGUGGCGCCAUGAACAAUAGUUUACGUUUAUUUACUUAAAUAAAGUUUUUUGAGAAUUAUGCGAUCACUUGCUUCGUAGAAAUAAUUGAUGAAACUUGUUGUCCUCGCAUGGCGGGGCAACCACAGUCGUUAUAACAUUGCAAACUCUGGCCUAAACUUUGUUUAUUGAGAUUUAUUGUGUAAUAACAUAGAAAUAUUAUACAUUAUAAGGUAUUAACUAGUUUUAAUUUGUGGCGACUUUUAGCGAAUAAAUGUUUUUGCUUCAA